AUGGCAAAGAGCUUUGCAGUGGCUGUCCUCCUUGUUGCAUUUUGCUUCUCAUCAUCUGCAUUGGCUCGUUUGGUUCCUGAAGAUGAUACCUUCACAGUUGAAGGAAAGGUGUAUUGCGAUCCUUGUCGUUUCGAAUUCGAGACCAGACUUAGCCACCCCCUGUCAAACAUCAAGGUGACAUUGGAGUGCAAGAAAAUUGAUGACGAGAAGAACAUUACAUACUUGGUUGAGGGUCAAACUGACAAGAACGGAUUCUACAGCCUGCCAGUAAAGGGUGACCACCAAGAAGAGUUUUGCGAGGUGAAGACAGAGAAGAGCACCCAUGCCAAGUGCAAGGAGCCAAUGAAGAAGAUGGAUGUUGACAGAAUUGCCCUCACCAAAAACAAUGGAGUCAGCUCUUCAAUCCGCUUUAUCAAUCCCCUUGGAUUCAUGACCCACAACAUUGACGCUAGAUGCGUCAGCGUUGCUCAAGAGUUGGGCAUGUUGGUAUCCUUGAACGACCAGCACGACAACUAA